GAUGUCCAAUCUUGGUUAUAGCUCAAUUAACAUUGUUGGUCCAGUUGCUCUUUGUUCCCAAAAUCCUUCAAUUCUUCGAACAACAAUUCGUGAAAAUAUUAUUUUUGGUGGUGGUUCUUCACAAAUGAAUAGUCAACGUUAUUACAAAGCUAUAAGUUGGGCACAGCUACAAAAAGAUUUGGAAUUGUUUCCGGAAAAUGUUGCUGAAAAUUUUUGAAUUUUGGAAUAAAGGAAUUGGCAACAAAAACACGUUUACUUGUAGCUUAUAAUUCUGAGUUUCUUUCUCAAUGUGAUCGUGUCUUUUUAAUUGGUUCUGGCCAAAUUCGUGAAAUCGAUUUUAAAAAGGACGGAUCUGAAGCUAUUAGUAGUGUUCCCGAUAAUUUUUCGAAUAAUGAAGCUUCUCAAACGAAUAUGUUACAAAAGGAAACAAGUCAAUCAAGGAGGAAGAAAAUAAAGAAGAUUAUGAGGACGAAGAAAGUAAAGAAGCUUUGGGUCUUAAACCAAUCUCUAAAGAUGAAUAUAUGUUUGUUUUUAAUUUAUA